CUCUGUCCUAUCCCCUCAGGAUCAUCCGUUCCCUGGUUCGUCAUGUCAAGUACUUCCUGGGUCUUCGGUUUGAAGUGACCGGUUGGGAGCAUCUGCAGACACAGGGUCCCUACGUCAUCAUCUCCAACCACCAGAGCUCUCUGGAUGUUUUGGGUAUGAUGGAGAUCUUACCAGACCGUUGCACUAUGAUUGCCAAGAAGGAGUUGGUCUACGCUGGCACAGUGGGCCUCAUCUGCUGGCUGGGGGGCAUCGUCUUCAUCAACCGCAAGAAGACGAGCGAUGCAAAGAGUGUCAUGGCUGACGCUGCCCAAACCAUGUUGGAUGAGCAGAUUCGUCUGUGGGUGUUUCCAGAGGGAACGCGUAACCAGAGAGGCGACCUGCUGCCUUUCAAAAAAGGUGCUUUCCACCUGGCAGUGCAGGCACAAGUACCCAUCAUACCCAUCGUUUUCUCCUCCUACAGCAACUUCUACCUACGGAAAGAAAAGCAGUUCAAAUCGGGGACCAUCAGAUUGAAGAUCCUUCCAAAGAUCGAGACAAAGGGAAUGACGUCAGACGACGUUUCAUCCCUGUCCGACAAAUCCUUCAACGUGAUGCGCUCUGCCUUCAUGGAAAUCUCUGGUUCCGUAACCCAGAGUAACGGGCCCUUAAGGCACUGAACAUUUACCAUACUCCCACCUCUUUUUCUGCCCCCGUCUGAGACCCAUUCCUCCCCCAAGACCUCCCCGCUCUCCCCAGGUUGUCCCAUUACCUGGCCAGGAAACAACAUGACACAGGUUUCUUGUCAUGAAAUCUCUUCUUGUCUAGUUCGCCUGGUCCAGUGCGCCGCUGGCCUGGCCUGACCAUACAGCACAGUCAGUCCCGACCCUCACUGUGUCUGCAGCAGCAGCACCAGCAGCAGCGCUGCUCUGCACGCCGUGAGUGGAGUGACGGACGGCAAGCCGAACAGUAUGGAUGUGUGUUGUUCAUGCAUGCCUUUUGGAUGGCUCUGUCCACCUUCAUCCUUGCUUUGUACUCUGGCUACGGAAAGCCUGGCUUUGUUAUUGUCUUACUUUAUCACCGUUUUGAACUUUCUUUGGCCUUUUCCUCCCCUUUUGUCUCCUCCUGCAUUCUGUUUAGCAGAUAAAGUUUGGCAUUUUCUCUUUUCUGUUCAUAAAUGUCAGUGGAUAUUUAUGUGUUCCUCUCAUGAUGCCUUGGAUUUGGUUAUCUUUCAGUGCUUACACACACAUAUUUAGAGUAGCCCAUCUCCUUCCUUCCUUUGCUUUCAGUGCGUUCUCCCCUUUCUGCAUUCCAGUCUCUUGCCUAAAGACAAAGCGGAGCGGGGUCUCCACCAGUGGUGGAGCGUGGAGGGCGACAGUGGUCGGCCACAGACUUCUUUAGUUCUGUUGCUAUGAAUUCAACUCUGUAUCCAUAUUGGCUCUUAAACUCAAUGACCAAUAGCUCCAUGACAUACUUCAUGAUGUCAGAAAGCAAGGAAUGCAAGGUUACAAGAUACCGUGUAUAACAAUAGCACCCACUUGUACUGAAUUAAUGGACUUCUUUCAGUGUUGUGUGUUGUUGGUGUAUCAUCGUGCGUUCUUUCAGUUCGUCUCCAAAAGAAUCGAAGUAACCGGCGUGCAGCACCGAGCAGCAAGUGUCUUCUAGCUGUGCUCUACUUUUUCUUUUUUUUUGCUAUUUAUUUUCACAUCUGAUAAUCAUGUCUUGUUCUUUUUUUUUUUUAAAGCAAUCACAUGUUUUUGCUCCUCAGAAAGAACUCAUAAGUGAACCUAUUUAAGAUGUGUCAAAAACAGGUGACUUCAUAAAGUGCAAUGUCCAAGCAUUACUGUUCCAAAGUGCGAGCUACCUGCUGUGCCAUGACAAAGAUUUUUUUUGGGAAGUUUCCAACGUCAGCCCAUUGUUAUCUCGCUAUGACCUGCUUAAUCAGUGAUUCACUGAUCGAUUAUUCUUUACUCGUGAUAUAUUGUCGCCUUUACCAAUGAUACCAGGCUGUAAGGAGAAGGGUAAAACUUGUGUAGAAUUCUGAAAUUAUUUAGCUCUCACGCUUUUUUUUUAAUUAUUAUUUUUUUUUGUAAAUUUGAUCUGGUUUUAUAUGUUUUGAUUAACUGGAAGAGUUACUAAUUACUAACAAACCUGACAAAUUACAUCUAAGGAGAAUUUAUUAACUUAAAGUGCAUUUUGUUGAUUGGCUAUGUGAAGGCUUGUCCCUGAAUUUUAAUAAUAUGAAAGUGAACAAUGUUCUAGUUGUGAUUCAGUUAUGACUUAACCUCGUAGGAGAAUAUUAGAUUAUUUAAAAAAAGUGUUUUGGCCUUAAGUUUGAUUGGUUGUUGUCGUUGCACUUUGAAUUAUUCGACAAGUUUGCUUAUAACUGAUUUAUGUUUUGUAAUACGUACUGACGAUAACUUCUAACCUCGUAGAACUGACUGAACUGUUUUAUUUGCUUUACAUCCAGGUCUUAAUUUUCACAUCGCUCCACUGCCUUUACACUGUCUGCAGAAUCGCUUGUUUCGCCCAUCAAACACCAUCUGAGAAUGUACUGCAGCAUUCAGGAUAUUUGUUUGCUCUUAACUGAAAUCCAUUAUUUUGUUUCUCCAAAGUAAAAGUGGGAUUUUUUUUUUCUUGCAUUGCAUACAAAUCCAGGAAAUGUAUUUAUUUGAGUGUAAAAUGUUAAAUUUAGACUGACUUGCUGUGCACACAGACUUCCUGAGGAUCUCCUGUGAAUGGAUCUGUCUAUACUUCGGUACUCAGCCUGUACACUGCUGUUCAUAGUUGAGUGAAACAGUAGUUUUAGUGAUAACUGCUGUAUGUACUUGUGAAAGUCAGGAUUUCACUUAUGUUAAGGCCAGUGUGGAAUAUAUGCCCCUACUAACUAAUAACUCAUCCAAUUCUUUUUUUUUUUUUUCCCUAGUUUAAAUAUAUUUAUUGACUUUUUCUUGUCUGUAACAGCGGAUUUUACCUUUGCAGCAAGUGGUUCGAAUGUUAAAAAGCACUCUACCAAAUUGGUAUCUUCCAAAAUAUAAACUGUACCCUAUACAUUUUGUUAAUGGAGUGUUUCACCCAUUGAUUCUCUGUUCAUUUCUCAGUUAUUUUGUAAUACAAAUGUGUGAUUUGUAAGCUUUGUGUCACGAGCUUAAACCGGUGACUGACAGGCUCUGCAAAACAACCCUGCCGACGUUCGAUUUUUUGUUUUGUUUUUUUGUUUUUUUCUUUUGGCAGUUGUUUACGAUCUAAUAUGUAAGAUAUUGGAAAAGAUUCAAAGUAUUCUCAACCUUAUUAAAAGCACUUUUCAUGCUGAGAUUGGGUGGGGAAAAAAAUAAAAUGGAUUUUUCUCUGAUUUUCACCAAAGCUAUUAAAGUGUAAUUUAGGUGGAUAUGAGAAACAGAGCUGACAUCCUGCAGAGCCUUGUGAGUGAGUGAGUGUGUGAGAGAGAGUGUGCGAGUGGGUGUGUGAGAGUGUGUGUGGUCCUUUAUUGUAUGUGUGUGUAAAUAAGCACACAUGGUAUAGACGCCCAUUAUAGUAUCUGGUUAAUAUUGAUGAUGUAGUGUUCUUGAUUUCACCUAUUCUGGGUAAAUGUGAAUGCCUUGCAAAAGAAUAAAUAAAAAUCCAUUCUUUUUUUUUUUUUCUUAA